UAGAAAGCAUAUGUUUCCACAGGAAUGUUGCACGGGUGCAUGUAACUCGUUCAGCUGAUUGUGACUCAUGAAAUGAUAUGAUAAGUCAAGUUCAUAGCUUAAGAAGAUAUGGCAGAGUUGGAGAGUCUUGUGACUCUGGCAGAAAGUCUCAUAGACCGGUGCAGCAAACUGUCUGUUCAUGGCGCACCAAAGCUCAAGAAAAAAUGCCAAGCAGAGCUGAAUUUUUUACAAAAGAUAAGAGGAAGCCCCAUAAAGGCCAAUCAGCUGAAGUGCAGCAACCUGUCACAUCUCCAGGGAGUACUUACUGCAGCUGAGACUUUACCAGCAGUCACACAUGUCCUUCAGCCUUUUCACCUCAAGGUCAAGGACAUUGGAAAGGUCAAGGACGAUUCAGAACCCAAGGGCAGUCCACAGGUCAUGGGGUAUUCAGAUAAGAAAGGCAGAUUAGAUAGUGAAGACAUGGCAGAGGGAAAUGCCUAUAUAAAGGUCAAAGACAACCACAAAGACAUGGCCAUGCAGAAGGUCAAGACUAGUUUGCUUGUUGAUGUAGUUUGUGAGCAUGGUAACAAGUGGGUGAAGGUCAUAGCAAGAAAAGCACAGGCUCUACACCUGACUUGGACAGGAGAUGGUCAGUUUGGAGACAGGAACAUUGUGGACCAAGCAGCGGACUAUAUAUACUAUGCAGAACAAAACCCAGUGAACUAUACACCACCCAGGGUUCUGUUUGUGUUCCAUGGUGGAGUGACUGACAGAAUAGCACACGAGUUGAUCUCAGUACUUGGAGUGGAGGUACAGGGAGAGGUGGUGCCAGCUGAUCAGUAUGGGGACAUAGAGGAAUCAGAGGAUGAGGCUAUAGGGGACCUCAGUCCCUCCCAGCACAAUGUCUCAACUGAUGCAAUGGUCUUGUGUCACACCCAAAGGGAUGUGGGUACCAUAGGAAUGUCCUCUUGUCUCAGCAAGCACAGUGCCAAAACCACAAUUGAUGGCCACCUAAUGCAAAGCCACUUUGAAGAUAAAAUUUUGGAUAGUGGAAGUGAAAGUAAUCAGUGUAUGCUCCCUGUCACACCUGACACAUUACUGCAAUCAGAAUGCACACUGGGCACAACUAACACAUCCAGUUCUUCUACCAGUGUUAUGCCAUGUAUAGAAGGAUGCUUAGCUUGCCAGAAUUGCAAGGGAUUUGUGAACAGUCCUCUGUUUGACUGUACCUGUAUAGUGUGCAAAGAUUUCUUUGAGAAACAAUUGGUUUUCUCUUCACAAGUAGAUAAAGCAUCAUUAUCCACUGGUCAUGAUUGUGCUCACAAUGCAGAAUCCCACCUAUCGCAAUCACAGCCAACACAUUGUGUUAAAACAGACUGUGAUACCAGCCAGUCUACAAGGGAAUAUGAACACAAUUCGGUGUCUCACCUAACGCAAUCAGAUACUGUGUCACAACUAAAGCAUUGGUCAUCUCAAUCCACCGACACCAUCAGGAGAGUCAACCUGGAUGUGACAGCCAUGAUUGCCCUGAUAUCAGCUCUGACCCAUGGUGGCAGCGGGUGGGUCUUCAAGGAAGCUGUACUGACUGCCCAGGCUGAAGAGGAGAGGCAAGCACCAGCUUUACCUCAGAUUUAUCAGUUUAUAUUUGGCAAAUCCCUAUAUGCUUGUCAGUCAGCAGUGAAGGAUUUCCAGAGCAUAGUCAGUUUGCUUGGAGGCCCCGCGGAGACCAGGAGAGCAGAGCAGCUGUUGGGUCACAUCCAUGUUGUCCCCGACUGUCCUCCAUCUCAUGUUGUGUUAAUAAAGUGUACGGGCAGUAUUAAAGAAAGGGCUAAGGUGAUAUUUGGUUCUGGGGAGACACUGCGUGCGCUGACGUUAUCUGCUAACAUGGGUUUUAUCAGAGCAGCUGAUAACCAGGGCGUGACAUUUGCUGUGCUGGUCCAUGCAUCCAGAGCUUUGACAGAACAGAAGCAGAAGACAGGCACUCCUCUCAACUCUGGUUAAACCUGUGUUACACAAGUCUACCCAGUAAAAACUAUCACAAAAGUCUGAUGGAAAGUAAUAAGUUUUAGCACAGAGCUAUAAACAGAACUGCCAUCAUUUAUCACAUGGAAUUUCUUUCAUGUUUUGUACCUUUUGUUUGUUUCACACCGAAAUUUUGUCAUUCCCCCAAUUAACCUAUUUAAGGUAUUAUGUUUGAUUUUGUAAUCAUAGUUUAUUUAUUUAUGAGACUCAGUUUAUUGGUGUGUGUUAGGUUACAGGUGUUUGCAGAAUGAAAGACAUCUGAAACAACUUUUUCUUAUUAAUUUCUUUUCUCACACUCCAAGUAAUGUACAUUGGAGUUAAGGUGCAAUAUUACCAUUUCCAGAUAUAAUUUAUUUAUGGGAAUUAACAGGCUCAUAGAAGACUUCAUAUAUCACAAAGAAGUUCUUUCAAUAUUUUCUUUUUAGUUACACUCCAGUAUUCUCCCCAAGUGUCGGGGUUAACUGGGAACGAAGUACUGUUAUCAGCAUAUUUUAAGUUAGAAAGUGGAAACAGCAGAAGGAUGCCAAGUUUAGUCUGAAGCUCAGGUAAAAAGUCCACAGUAGAGCUUUGUUGUUGUUGUUGUUGUUGUUGUAUUUGCUCAAAGGGAAGGGUUUAGUUAAGUUUAAGUUAAUUAGGUAAAAUGGUUAUGUUUUCAACUACAGUUCAUGUAUGAUAUUCAGUACACUUUGAGCAGUUGUCAAUCAUUGUUUUGGCAUACCAACUUUUAAUUUGUACAUU